UUAUCUUUUUAUUUAUUUAUAUUUUUGUUAUUUAUAUUAAAAAAAAAAGUUUUGUUAAUAUGGAUUUUACACAACAUAAUUUUGGAUUACUAAAUUAUCCACCAGCUAUUGGACAAUUAUCAGGAUCAUCAACACAUAUUGAUUCUCAAGUGACAGUUCAAUUAUCAAAUAAAGAAUUGUGGAAAAAUUUUAAUGAAGAAACAACGGAAAUGAUUAUCACAAAACUUGGCCGACGAAUGUUUCCAUCGGUACAAAUUAAAAUUGAUGGUCUAGACGUAAAUUCACGUUACUGUGUUUUUUUGGAAAUAUCAUUGGCAUCAGAGAGACGUUACAAAUACAUGGGUGGUCAUGGGGCAUCAGUUAAUAAUAUUGAAGAAGAAACAAAUAGGGGCUGGACAAAUUCUGGCGCCGCUGAACCCCAGUCGCCAAUUCAUCGUCGUCUUUAUCUUCAUCCAGACAGUCCAGCAACUGGCUUUCAGUGGAUGAGACAGACUGUUGUCAAUUUUAAUAAGCUUAAAUUAACAAACAAUGUCAUUGAUCACAAUGAAAAUAUUGUUCUUACAUCAAUGCAUAAAUAUGUUACAAGAAUUUGGAUAGUUAAAUCAUCAAGUAAUGAUUUAUGUUUAACAAAUGAUUUUUUUUCUCAACCAUCAAUGUCAUUUACAUUGAAUGAGACACAAUUCAUUGCUGUUACUGCAUAUCAGAAUGAAAAUAUAACAAAAUUAAAGAUAAAUAAUAAUCCAUUUGCAAAAGGAUUUCGCCUAGCUGGUCAAGGACGUUGUAAAAAAAAAUUAAAAAAUCAAGAUAAUAAAAUUAAUAAUUUAUCAUCAAAUUUAGAAUAUAAUGAAAAUAAUAAACGUAUUAAUAAUUUUGAUAAUGAACGUCCAGUAAAGUUACACAGGCCAUGGAUUGAUGAAAAAAAAAAUUUACAAUUAUUAAAAAAUUGUGAUAAUUAUCAAUCACAAUUAAUAUUAAAUAAUCAAAAAUUAAUUAACCAAAUUAAUACAAAAAAAAAAAAAACACUGCUAUUAUAUAAAGUACCUUGA